AUGAGUGUCUCACAACCAUUGAAGAAAGCAAAAAUGUCCUUGAAACAAAUUUGUACCCAUUCUGGUUCAUUCCAUGCUGAUGAAGCAUUGGCCGUGUACAUGCUACGUCUGUUACCACAAUGGAAAGACAGCAAGAUAGUCAGAUCUAGAAACCCAGAAGACUGGGAAGCUAGCGAUAUUGUUGUUGAUGUUGGUGGUAAAUACGAUAACGGUGUCAAGUUUUUCGAUCAUCAUCAAAGAGGCUUCUCGGAGACUUUCAAUGACAAGUAUAAGACCAAGCUAUCCAGUGCGGGUUUGGUUUAUAAGCAUUUCGGUAAGGAGAUAAUUAAAGAACUUGGUCCUGGGUUGAAUGAAGAUCAAGUUGAAUUGCUAUACGAUAGAGUCUACAGCCAGUUUAUCGAAAGUUUGGAUGCCAACGAUAACGGUAUCGACCAAUUCGAUACCGAUGUUGAGCCAAGAUUCAGUGCCAAGGCAAUCACUUUGCCAAGUAUCAUCAGCAGAUUCAAUCCAGAAUGGAAUAAAGAGAGUUCUGACGAGACUUACUACAACCAAUUUUUAAAGGCUUCUGGUUACAUCGGUACUGUGUUCUUUGAUCUUGUCAGUGGGUACAUCAACUCGUGGUUGCCAGCCAAGACUCUAGUCAUCGAUGCUGUCAAGAACAGAUUUAACAUUGAUGCAAGUGGUAAGAUUAUUGAAUUGGCUGAAUUCUGCCCAUGGAAAGAACAUUUAUUCCAAGUGGAACGUGAAAUGAAUAUCGAAAAUACCAUAGAGUUCGUUAUUUUCCCAGAUACAUCUGGUUCUUACAGAGUUUCUACGGUCCCAAUAACUUCAACCUCCUUCGAUUUCCGUAAGGGUCUACCAGAGCCACUACGUGGCUUAAGAGAUGAAGAGCUAAGUGAAAAGAGUGGCUUAUCAGGCUGUGUCUUUAUUCACGCUGCAGGAUUCAUUGGUGGUGCUAAACCCCGCGAUUCUGCUAUUGGUUUGGCGAAGAUGUCAUUGUGA